GAUUCCUUAGGGAAGGGACACAAAUCACUCCCAUUUUAACAAGGGGAAUAACGCGGGAUAUACAGCCACAAGGGUCCACCUUUUCUUGAUUUGCCAUUUCUAAUUCAUUUGCUUUUUACACAAAGAUCUUUGGUGGAAAAAAAGACUAAGGAAGAAAAAACUUGUCAGUGAACGAUGACACACGAUCUGGUGCCGUCUGGAAGCUAUACUUGAUCCUAUUGUUUCUUAAACUGACAUCUGAGCUUUUUUUUUACGAAGUCUCUUAAUACAGAAGGGACGUGGGCUAACCUCAAGUGAGCUUUUCGGCUUUUGCGCUUUUCUGAUAAAUUGACAUUUAAGAAAAAAAAAUCUGGAACGCGAUUUCCUGGCGCAGAAACCUGGAUGCUGAUACGCGUGCUUCUUUGAUACAGUUUUUUUGUUUGUUUGUUUUUUUUUUGUUUGUUUGUUUGUUUUUUUUUAAUUCAAGAAAGGGGAAGUAAAAAAAACAUACACCUGCAUAGAGAGCGCACUUUCGUCCGCACGUGGUGUACCGUUUUACCCAUCAUCUGAAGAAAAGGAAUCGGGAAAUAAAGGAGCAGCUAUCGUGGGAGUCCGAAAUAAUCUGUUUUCAUGUUUGGGAUUCAGGAGAGCAUUCAAAGGAGUGGGAGCAGUAUGAAAGAGGAGCCGCUCGGAUCUGGGAUGAACGCAGUUCGAACGUGGAUGCAAGGAGCCGGAGUGCUGGAUGCAAACACGGCCGCCCAAAGUGGAGUGGGUCUUGCCCGGGCGCACUUCGAGAAGCAACCGCCGUCAAACCUUCGGAAAUCCAACUUCUUCCACUUCGUUUUGGCUCUUUACGACAGGCAAGGCCAGCCGGUGGAAAUCGAAAGGACUUCUUUCCUUGGCUUUGUUGAAAAGGAAAAGGAAACAAAUGGAGAGAAGACGAACAACGGAAUACACUACAGGCUGCAGCUCCUGUACAGCAACGGUAUUCGGACAGAGCAGGACUUCUACGUGCGGCUGAUUGACUCCAUGACCAAACAGGCGAUCAUAUAUGAAGGUCAGGACAAGAACCCUGAGAUGUGUCGAGUGCUGCUGACGCACGAGAUCAUGUGCAGUCGCUGCUGUGACAAGAAGAGCUGUGGUAACCGUAACGAGACGCCGUCCGACCCCGUCAUCAUCGACAGGUUCUUCCUGAAAUUCUUCCUGAAAUGCAACCAGAACUGCCUGAAGAACGCUGGGAACCCCCGAGACAUGCGGCGAUUCCAGGUCGUGGUCUCCACCACGGUGAACGUGGACGGUCACGUCCUGGCCGUGUCGGACAACAUGUUCGUGCACAACAACUCCAAGCACGGCCGGAGGGCCCGCCGGCUCGACCCCUCCGAAGCUUUCCCCCUGUUUCUGGAAGCAGCUGCCCCCUGCAUCAAAGCCAUCAGCCCCAGCGAGGGAUGGACAACAGGGGGCGCCACCGUCAUCAUCAUCGGGGACAACUUCUUUGAUGGGCUGCAGGUCAUCUUCGGCACCAUGCUGGUGUGGAGCGAGCUCAUCACCCCCCACGCAAUCAGAGUGCAGACCCCACCCCGACACAUCCCUGGCGUGGUUGAGGUCACCCUGUCCUACAAGUCCAAGCAGUUCUGCAAAGGAACGCCCGGCCGCUUCAUCUACACAGCGCUGAACGAGCCCACCAUCGACUACGGCUUCCAGCGGCUGCAGAAGGUCAUCCCGCGUCACCCCGGAGACCCCGAGCGCUUACCCAAGGAAGUAAUUUUGAAGCGGGCAGCAGAUCUUGUGGAAGCUCUGUACGGAAUGCCUCAUAACAACCAGGAGAUCAUCUUGAAACGGGCGGCGGAUAUCGCGGAGGCCCUGUACAACGUCCCGCGGAAUCACAACCAGCUGGCGGGUUUGGGGAACACCUCGGUCCACGGCGGCAUGAUGGGGGUCAACUCCUUCUCCGGCCAGCUCGCCGUCAACGUGUCCGAAUCCUCGCAGGCUACGAACCAGGGUUUCAGCCGGAACACGAGCAGCGUCUCCCCGCACGGGUACGUGCCCAGCUCCACGCCGCAGCAGAGCAGCUACAGCUCGGUCAGCACCAGCAUGAACGGCUACGGCGGCGCCGGCGCCAUGUCCAACCUGGGCGGCUCGCCCGGCUUCCUCAACGGCUCCGCCGCCAACUCGCCCUACGCCAUUGUGCCCUCCAGCCCCACGAUGGCGUCCUCCACCAGCCUGCCCUCCAACUGCAGCAGCUCCUCGGGCAUCUUCUCCUUCUCUCCCGCCAACAUGGUGUCGGCCGUCAAGCAGAAGAGCGCCUUCGCCCCUGUGGUCCGGCCCCAGACCUCGCCCCCACCCACCUGCACCAGCACCAAUGGCAACGGCCUGCAAGAGCAGUCUUUUGUGGACUCUAGCAAGUACUCAACCUCCAGCUCACUGCAGGGCCUGGCCUUCCCCUGACUGAUCCCUGGGAUGAUCGUUCCUCCCAUGUAGAGGAUUUUGGAUCGUAGAAGAAGAGCACGUUCGACUACGUGGGUUUGAGUUCCAAGACUCUGGAUCUGGAUCGAAUCAAACCAUUGAAGAAAUGAAGUCUAACUCAGGCCUUGAUUUUUCUUUCUUUUUUUUUUUUUUUAAGAAGUCACAUUUGAACAAAAAAGAACAAUCACAGCAACUUUACCUGCUUUUUAAAUUUAUAACCAUUGUUGUACACUUUUUUGGAGGAAUGGGUAAUGUGAAGAUGUGAAGGCCACAAACUAGCCUGUUGUCUCCUGUGCCGACUAUAAGAAGGGUCAUUUCCUGUUUUUUUUUUUGUUUGUUUGUUUUAGUUUUUCCUGGAAAAGGUAUGCCUUUCCAUUUGCUUAUUUUUGUUGCGUAUUUUCUUUUCUCUGAGAAAGCAUUUGUGAUCGGCCAUUUUUAAUAGCUGUACUAUACACAAAGGAUGCCCAUUAGAGUUGUAUUUAUUUAUGAAGUCUGUCAGAGUGGUGUUAAAGGCAGAAAGAGAAGCUUACUGAGGCGUAGCCAUGGAAACGAUAGCAUGCAUUACGGAAUGCCGUAGGCAUGGAGGAGAGCCCUGUGGCGGAGUUGCCGGAAUGUCCGGGAGGGGAUUGUGACAUCACUCUCAGCUGUGCAGAGCAGGCGCCCACCGUAG